AUGAGGCACCUAAGCCCCCUCCUCUUUUUGAGCGUCGGGUUGUUCACCCUCGCAUUUGUUGGAGCAGAAAUCGAGGUCAGUGAUAAUGAGAAGACAUCGGAUGCUAGCGAUACAUCGGCCGAAAGCAACGAUACCAGUCCUGCGACUCACUCGGACUCGAAUGACUUCGACGCCGAACCUGAGUUCGGAUCGCCUAAGUUUGACCAACAUAUGCGGGAGACGAUUGCCGACGAAUUUGGAGAGCCAGUUCCCGCGGAAUAUACGGGAAAGGCUUACUACUAUUACUACUUCAAAGCCCAUGACGAUGAUAGAAACAGCAAGCUGGAUAAGAAGGAAUUGCUGAAAGCCCUCGUGCACCUAGUCUUGCCCCCCUCGAACUACAACGGCUACCCGAGAGAAGAUCCAGAGAUGUCGGGCGAAGGCGACGGUCCUGGAGUACCAUGGGAAGUAGAGCUCAUCUGUCAAGAUAGCGUUGAUCGAAUCAUACGCAAGGACGACAAGAACAAAGAUGGCUUCAUCGACCCUCUGGAGUAUCAGAAUGCCAAGAGUAGAGGUCUGAAAGCGAUGAAGAAAUCAAUCGAUAAGCAGCUGAAACAGCACGGCUCGCGAGGCCGCUUCUACUAG